AUGGAUAUUCCAUCAAUUAUUAUUUUCACUUUUAUUUUUGCCUUAGCAUAUUAUUUAUUCUCAUCAAUGUUUUGCUCUAUUGGCAAAGCAAUUUUUAAAAAAAAUAAUAAUAAUAACAACAAUAAUAAUAAUAAUAAUAAAAAUAAUAAUUUAAUAAAAUCAGUAGCAAUUUCAAUAGCUAAAACAAUAACAAAAGGAAUUGCAAUAAAAAAAUUAUAUACCUACCUUAGAACAACUAGACCUCUAUCCCACAUAUUGGGACUUAAAAAAAUUUUACUUAAUUUAGCCAAUGUUUAUCAAAUACACAUCGAACUUAUUAAAAGAGAUUUUAUAUUAUGUACAAACAAUUAUAAAUACCAAUCCAAUCACGAGCUAUUCCUCAAUAAUAAGAAAUAUAAAAUUGCAAAGUUUGAUCAACCUAAGUGUAGACAGAUAGAACUAGAGAUUUACUUCAAGAUGUUGUAUAAUAAAAAUUCACAAAUAUUGGAUACUACAAAAAAAACUCUUAAAACAACAGAGAAAUUGAGGAACUCAUUAAGCAAAUGUGAUAUAAAAGCAGCAGGUUCCGAACCAUCAAGAAUUAGAGAGUUAUUUUAUAAGAUCUAG